UUUCAGUUUUUUCACAGGGGCAUGUCAAUUACAAUGAUAAAUAUCCGAAAAACCAAAAGAUUAUUCUUGGAUCCACUUGAAUGAAUGCUUCAAUGGAGUCAGAUUUGAAGCUUUAUCUUGAUUGCAUUCUAAGGCCAACCAGCAAAGAGUCACAAAGACAAUCUCUAUGUGCAUUAGCGGAUCUACUCUCUACCAAUGGUGAUUUAAAAGCAGCAUUUCGGGAAGAUAAAGGAUUGCUCUCGCUAACAAAGCUACUUUUGACUGAGGAAGAGGUUUCGUUCCAGCAAACCACCAUGUACACCCUUAGCUGCGCAGUAGAUUCUUGUGUUUCAUCUCAAAACGUUUUGAUUCAUAAAGGGAUAAUUAGUCUGCUUUCUAGUCAUCUAAAGAAAGGUCCCCUAUCCCCGCUGUUUCAGUCAUCUGUUUGUUUGCUGAGUUUUCUCAGCCAGGGUAAUUCCCUUGGACAAAACCAGUCCAGACAGAAGGGAAUUAUCAAACAUCUCGUCUCAUGCCUUAGAAAUUCCAGUCCAGUUACCCAAGAAAAUGUUCCCGUGUGGAAUUCCUGUCUGACAUGUCUUUCCUCUUUAGUCAACAAUCCUCGGAACUCAUUAAAUCAAGAAGCUUGUAUGGAAGUGAUACCAUUUUGUCUUUAUAUCCUACUAAAGAAUUCUCAUGCUAAAGAUCUGGUGAUUUCAAUCUCUAAUUUCUUGAGACUCUGUCUUUCAGACAACGGAUCAAACCAGGAAAAAUUUUUCAAGAUAGGAGGUCUUAAAAUCUGUCUUGAUAUGUUAAAAGGAUGUCAAGAUAACAGAACCGCUUGGUGCGUCAUCUCUUUAAUCAACUCAGCACCAAAAGGGAUCUUGCUUUCUCCAGAUAUCCAAGUUUCGUGUGUGCCCCUCCUAUUGCACUGGAUCUCUAAGGGAACUAAUGAACAGAUACCUAAUGGGCUUCAAGCAUUAAGCACAGCUAUUGAUAACAAUAAAGAGGCUAGAGCGGCACUCGUAGCAGAUAGAAAUGGUAUGUCAAGUAUCAUUAGAUGUAUGGAGAACUGUGAUGAAAACACUAGAAAAACUGCGAAACUACUUCUUCAGUCAAUGUUCACAACUUCUACAGGCGAAAAGAGUGAAGGGUCUGAUAGCGACCUUGAGUCCGCCAGCCAUGAAAUAACAAAACAGUAUGGAAAUAAGAGUGAGGGUUCAAAUGUCAAAUCAAACAAGGUGGGCGUGCAAAGAAAGCAGCAGAUAAAAGACCUGAAGAAGCGGACUGUCGUAGUGAAAAGCAGCGGAAGUUGGGCUGUACCUACAUACGAGAGAGGAACUGAAAGAAAGAGGUGCUACAAAAGGUCUAUCAGAGAAACGCCUAGAAGAUCUGAACCUGGGAGCAUGUCAGGGAAGAGAGCUAAAAGCUACAGUCCAAUAACACCCCAGCCCACCCCUGCCCCGGGAGUAGAAAGAGAGUUUGGCCCUGUAUCCCCCCACGGGAAGCGACAACUCACAACACACAACAGGGAGCAACAACUCACAACACAACCCACAAUCAUAGCCUCCAUAGUAUCACGGACAGUUGAAGACAAGAUGAGCGAGUUCCUACAACGAUUCGAACAAGUCAUAUCAACCACAGCUGCAGGUUCCAUCGCGUCCUGUUCUGCUUCCAUUGUACCAAUAACGCCAACUGAUAAUCCUCACGUUAAUAAAACAUGUCACCAAACAUCUGGAGUUGACAAAAGUACUGAUAGAAUCGUAAAUGAAUCUGUUCAUGAAUUAUCUACUCAGAAAAGGUCUGAUUCGGCCCUAACAACGUUAAAGUUGGAGUCAGGGAGAAGAUUUAGUCGUGAUGUUGAUGAGAUGAGUGUUAUCACUGAUAUCAGUCAGGUCACUUUAUUUAAUGACUUCUUCGACUUGAACCCUCUGUUGGUGCCAUCGUGUAGAAAUAGCAGAUUUAUUGAAAUAGAUGAUUCGAUUUCCCAAUAUGACAAUUCAACGUCGAAUGACAAUGUAACGUCGCAUGACAAUGUAACGUCUCGCAACUUUAAAAUGGCCAGAAGAUCAGACGGAGAUUCAGGAUUUGGACAUUCUAGUAAAAUAUCAAUACCUGGUAAUUCAUCCAUGCCCAUUUCAUCGGACGGUCCAAAAGAAAACCUUUCUCAAAGAUUUAUGAAGAUGCAUAGUGAUAAAUCAAAUUGCAGACUUGGUGAAAACUUAGAUGGAUACGCAGAUGAUCAGGAUCAACAUUCAGCAGUACCAUUCACAGAACAAGAAGUAGCAAAUCUCUGCCUCGGUGUUCAACUCUACGGUAGAUCUUGGUCUCUCAUCAUUGCUCGGUUUCAAUUUCAUUCUUCUAGGACACCAGCUCAACUACGUAGAAAGUACAGCCGAAUAAAGAAGUUUCUGGAUGAAAGAAAAGCAAGCAAGUCUAGUCGGAGCUCACCUGAUAGUCAGACCAUUAAAAAGAUGCGCGUGUAAACUGUAUUAACACGGCCUGAACCUGUCUUAAAUUCGAAAGAAUUUUACGUAAAAAAACCAAAUAAUCCGCCGAAGUAAGAACUAAAUGGUUUUCAGCGAGGUGAUCACAUUAGCACCUUAUAAAUUCUCUGUUGAAAGUACAAGCGAAUUGUUUAUUAUGAUGAAUAACGAUGUUUCACGUUUGACAAUUUUCUGAAUUUUAUUUACUUGUAUUGGGAUGAACCAUGAUACAUUGAAGUUUUGAGAAGGUAUAUCAUUAUGUUGUUAUUAAUAUUACUUUUCAUUAUGUUGUAGGC